AACCGACAUAAAAACAUAUAUAUAUAGAAGAGAUGUUUAAUGUUUUGGAGAUAGCAUUUGGUUUAAAUUUGUUUGGUGAUUGUGAGAGAUGGGGCAGAAGGUUGGUUUAGAGGAUGUUUUGAGAUACUUUGAUGAAGAUGGUGAUGGAAAGGUUUCAGCUUUGGAGCUUUCACAGGGGUUGGGGAUGAUGGGUGGAGAGCUUCUGAUGAAAGAGGCUGAGAUGGCAAUUGCAGCUUUGGAUUCUGAUGGAGAUGGGUUGCUGAGUUUGGAGGAUUUUGUUACUCUCAUGGAAGGUGGAGGAGAGGAACAGAAGUUGAAGGACUUGAAGGUUGCUUUUGAAAUGUAUGACACUGAAGGCUGUGGUUUUAUAACUCCAAAGAGCUUGAAGAGGAUGCUUAAAAAGAUGGGUGAGUCUAAGACCCUCCAUCAAUGCAAAGCAAUGAUCAAACACUUUGAUUUGAAUGGGGAUGGCUUUCUCAGCUUUCAAGAAUUCAGAAUCAUGAUGCAGUGACUUCACUUCACUGGAUUUCAUUCAUUUUUUUCUACAUCUCUUGUCGUGUAUUCUGGUUUAUUACAUGGUGUGUACUCAGUGUCUUUUUGUCUUGUGCAUAAUUCUCAUACUAACGUUCUCUUCAUUCUUGCUUUCCAAGUGAAAAGAAAAUUCCUGAAUAAGCAACUUCAUUCAAUUCUUAGAAUAUCACUAAACACAGAACGAUUAUGAGUUAGACAUAAGUUACUAACGUGG